CUGAUAGUGGAUUACUAGACAACACGUGUAGAGCUGUUGGGAUUAGGAGGCAAGUGGCGCAUAUCACCUUGUGGGAAAGCAUACGGAUACACCUGUAUGUUUUCCAAUGAGAUGCAGAUACUGCAGCAGCUGGCUGUUCUGGUGGUAUGCCGCAGUCUAGCAACAGGCCAGAUCUCCUCACGCUACUUCUUCACCCAAGAACCAAUGCCCUGGGUCAAAGGUCGUGAGUACUGUCAGAGCCACUUUGUGGACCUUGCUGUUUUGAGCACAGAGGAGGAAUACUCUGCUCUCCUCAGUGCCAUCCCCACAAACAAUGCCAGCUUUUGGCUUGGUCUCCAUAAGCAGAGCAGUGGCUGGGAGUGGACCGAUGGGGAACAGCUGAGACUCACUCACUGGUACAACUACAAUGAUGAGGGCCACUGUGUAAGCUUGGAGGCCAUGUUUGAAGAAAAGGACAAGCUACUGGCUCGUUAUUGUAAUGAGGAGCACAGGGUUGUUUGUCAGGGGCCCGUUUCCCCUCAGUCAGUGUCUGUGGACUUUGUGAACAUCGAUCACAUGAAUCUAAGCUGGAACAUCUCUGCACUGAUGCAGACGACUUCUCACUAUUACAAUGUGACAAUAUGCAGCUUCAUUUGUGAGACGCUGUUCUACUACUACACCAAUGGCUCCUCCCUUAUGAGCAUCAGCAUCUCCAACUUAAGUGCAGCCACAGAGUACUUCAUAUACAUUUCUGCUGUUAUUCAUCUUGACCAUGGGACCAGCAGGAAAUGGAUUCUUCAAGAUAAUCCUAUAAUGUUCAACGCUAAAACAGGAAUUUACCCCUAA